AUGGUCUCGCUGCCGGCAGCCGCUGCUCCCAAGGAGCCCUCCCUGGCCGCCCUGAGAGCUGCAGAUGACCCGCACCCGAGCCCUCUGAUCGCCCUGGGGACCCAGGACGGCUACUUCUCUCACCGGCCCAAAGAGAAAGUGCGGACCGAUAGCAACAACGAGAACUCGGUGCCUAAGGACUUUGAGAAUGUGGACAACAGCAACUUCGCGCCCAGGACCCAGCAGCGGAAGCACCAGCCGGAGUCGGCCAAGAAGCCCCCAGGUCGGCAGAAGGAGCGUUUGCAGAGGAAGCUGGAGCCCCAGGAGAAAGCACAGGGACAGGGACGUCCCUUCCUGGGGAAAGGCCCCAAGGAGGCCCUGCCUCCCCGGGAGAGCGCUGCAGCCAACAGCAGCCGAGGGAAGGACCCCCCCAGACCCCCCCACGCCCGGAGGGGCGGAGGCAGCUCCCGGGAGACCAAGUACGACCAGCCCCCCAGGUGCGACAUCUCGGGCAAGGAGGCCAUCUCGGCCCUGUCCCGCUCCAAGUCCAAGCACUGCCGCCAGGAGAUCGGGGAGACCUACUGCCAGCACAAGCUGGGGCUGCUGAUGCCCGAGAGGGUGACGCGUCUCUGCCCCCUGGAGGGCAAAGCCAGCAAGAACGUUCAGUGGGACGAAGACUCCGUGGAGUACAUGCCAGCCAACCCCGUCAGGAUCGCCUUCGUCCUGGUGGUCCACGGCCGAGCCUCCCGGCAACUGCAGCGCAUGUUCAAGGCCAUCUACCACAAGGACCACUUCUACUACAUCCACGUGGACAAGCGCUCUAAUUACCUGCACCGGCAAGUGCUCCAGUUCGCCGGGCAGUACGGCAACGUCCGCGUCACCCCCUGGAGGAUGGCCACCAUCUGGGGGGGAGCCAGCCUCCUGGCCACCUACCUGCAGAGCAUGCGGGACCUGCUGGAGAUGACCGACUGGCCCUGGGACUUCUUCAUCAACCUCAGCGCGGCCGACUACCCCAUCAGGACGAAUGACCAGUUGGUGGCAUUUCUCUCCCGGUACCGAGAUAUGAAUUUCCUGAAGUCACAUGGCCGGGACAAUGCAAGGUUCAUCCGGAAACAAGGCCUGGACCGGCUCUUCCUGGAGUGCGACGCGCACAUGUGGCGCCUCGGGGAUCGCAGGAUCCCGGAGGGCAUCUCGGUGGACGGCGGCUCCGAUUGGUUCCUGCUGAACCGGAAGUUUGUGGAGUACGUGACGUUCUCCACGGACGAUCUGGUGACCAAGAUGAAACAGUUCUAUGCCUACACGCUGCUUCCCGCGGAGUCCUUCUUCCACACGGUCCUGGAGAACAGCCCCCACUGCGACACCAUGGUGGACAACAACCUGCGGGUCACCAACUGGAACCGCAAGCUGGGCUGCAAGUGCCAGUACAAGCACAUUGUGGACUGGUGCGGCUGCUCCCCCAACGACUUCAAGCCCCAGGACUUCCACCGCUUCCAGCAGACGGCGCGGCCCACCUUCUUUGCGCGCAAGUUCGAGGCGGUGGUGAACCAGGAGAUCAUCGGGCAGCUGGACUACUACCUGUACGGGAACUACCCGGCGGGCACCCCGGGCCUGCGCGCCUACUGGGAGAACGUGUACGAGGAGCCCGACGGCGUCCACAGCCUGAGCGACGUGGCGCUGUCGCUGUACCACGCCUUCGCCCGCCUGGGGCUGCGCAGGGCCGAGGCCUCGCUGCACACGGACGGCGAGAACAGCUGCCGGUACUACCCGAUGGGCCACCCAGCAUCUGUCCACCUCUACUUCCUCGCUGACCGCUUCCAGGGCUUUCUGGUCAAGCACCAUGCUACCAAUCUGGCCGUGAGCAAACUCGAGACCCUGGAGACGUGGGUGAUGCCAAAGAAAGUCUUCAAGAUCGCAAGCCCCCCCAGCGACUUCGGGAGGCUUCAGUUCUCUGAGGUCGGCACUGACUGGGACGCCAAGGAGCGGCUGUUCCGAAACUUUGGGAGUCUCCUGGGGCCCAUGGACGAGCCAGUGGGAAUGCAGAAGUGGGGGAAGGGACCCAACGUGACCGUGACCGUCAUCUGGGUGGAUCCUGUCAAUGUCAUCGCAGCCACCUACGACAUCCUGAUCGAGUCCACCGCUGAGUUCACCCACUACAAGCCCCCUUUGAACUUGCCCCUGAGGCCCGGGGUCUGGACAGUGAAAAUUCUCCACCACUGGGUGCCGGUUGCAGAGACCAAAUUCCUUGUUGCGCCUCUGACCUUCUCAAACAGGCAGCCCAUCAAACCAGAGGAGGCACUGAAGCUGCACAGCGGCCCCCCGCGCAGUGCCUACAUGGAGCAGAGCUUCCAAAGCCUGAACCCGGUCCUCAGCCUGCCCGUCAGCCCCGCCCAGGUCCAGCAGGCUGCCCGCCACGCCGCCUCCACGGGCGCCGCGCUCGAGGGCUGGCUGGACUCGCUGGUGGGCGGGAUGUGGACUGCCAUGGACAUCUGCGCCACGGGCCCCACCGCCUGCCCCGUCAUGCAGACCUGCAGCCAGACAGCCUGGAGCUCCUUCAGCCCCGACCCCAAGUCGGAGCUGGGGGCCGUCAAACCCGAUGGCCGGCUGAGGUAGCACUGGCCACGGGAGGGCCACCGCGUGAUCUCCACGGGAAGGCAGCCGGAGGGCUGGUGCCGCGGGACCCCGGCCUCCCGCCCUGGGCGUGCCCCUGGUGCCAGGGGCUCUCCUGGCCAUUGGACGGAGGAGGCGGAGGGUUUGGAGGUCGGAGCAGAGCCAACCUGCACCUGGCGAGCUGGCUUCUGGGGCCGGCACCAGGGUGGUCUCACCUCUGCUGGCGGGCCCCCAAGUUCCGCAGGUCCCUCUCCUCCCCCUCCUGUGACCUGCACUCAUCCCGCACAAGUGAUCUCACACUUUUAUUUUGAGCGGCAGAACUGGGUUUACUUGGUAGGUGGAAGUUCAGGCGCAGAGGAGAUCCAGGCUGUGCCCCUGGGGAGCCGAGGGGUGAGGCCCCCUCCCCAGGCUCAGCCCGCCAGGCCGGCCCUUUGCCCAGGACAUCUCCCAAGGUCCCUCUUCCAAACCCAAGGGCUCUGCAAAACCCAGUUUGACAAGCACUGCCCAGAGGGAGGUCUGGCCUCCUACUGCCCUCUGCUUAGCUUUCUGCUCCUUCGUCUGGGAGUCCCCCGGCCAGCUCUAACGUGGCCAGUCACUGAGGUCACAGUCUCAGGCCUUUCCAAGGGAGAUGGGCUCGGGAAGACCCUGAGCCUCCCACCAGCCCUUCUAGGCAUGAGCUGUCCUCCCUGAUGAAUGGAGAAGCAGGAAAGCCUGUUGAUGGGACCUGGCCAAGAAGUGUGACUGCCCCGUGGCCAUGAGUCUAGGCCCCUCUCCACUGAGGCUCCCAGGGUAGUGGGGGUGGAAUGAGGUUGGCGAGCAGGAUCCUCGCGUCCUAACCGUUGGUUUUCUGGGAGACGGAGACCGUGACCUCUUAGGAUCUUCAACCUGGGAAUGGUGGGGACCGUGGCCAGGAAAGUCACGAGGCACUGCCCGGGCAGGUCUCCCGAGCUGCGCAGCAAAGCAAUACCCACCCCCUACCUGCCCCAGCCCUUCCGUUCUGAGGUCAGGCGCCCAAACCCUUUGUGAAUCGCACACUUGGUGCUGCAGGUGGGGGGACCAAAGGCACGGACCAGGCUCCUCGCAGGAAAAAACAUCCCCGAGUCGCCGAGGAGCUCCAUGUCCUCCCUCGUCCCCACCGCCAACAGGCCCAUCUGAGAAGGUCGAGUCUCGAAAGCGGGAAGGUUGUCCAAAUGUUCAAAAAUAGUGUUAUUCGAAUUGCUUGAGUGACCAGAAACUUGAAGGGUCUCCUUGCCAUGUGCCCUCUAGAGGACACCCCCACACACACAGCUCACUGGGGGCCCCCCAAGGCCCCCUCUUCUUCCUCAAAUCCCACCUCUCCUGAGUGACAGGGUGCCCUGGGAGCAGACGCUCCUGUUCGUCCCACGGGGAGCUGGUCGGGGCACCUGCCCUGGCCUAGGCGAGCAGGUUCUGCGGUGCACCUGGGCGACCGACCUCCCGAGACAUGGCCCCCACCCCCCCAGCGAGGCAGGAGGUCCUUCUGGCAAUGGAGGACACGGAGAAGGGACACUAGAUAUUUAUUAUUUGUAUGUUGCAGUCCGUGACUGGUCAGCAGUGCUGUGGUCACAGCCUGUUGACCUUUUCUUCCUGACGGAAGCUGCGUUUCUUUCACGAAAGGCCCCCUCCCUCCUGGCCACCCCCUAGUCUGUCUGUCUGUCUGUCCCUCUCUCAGUUUCUAUCUUUCUGGGUCUGCCUACAUCCUCCCUGUCCUCAGAGGAAAGCAGGGGCCUUGGACACCAUGAGAGAGCUUCAGCCGGUGUCGUCCCCUGGCAGCCGGUGGGAGCCCUGGGGACAACCGGCGUCUGGCUUUCCCCUGUUAAGGUGUUAGGCUCAUCGUCCCUGAGCAGCCCGUGUCCCCUGCCCUAAGCACAGAGUCAUGACAGCUGCAGGACGGGCAGUGGGUGUGCUGGCUGCAGGGAGCUUGGGCCUGGCGGACUCCCAGGCCCAUGUCACCAUGGCCUCGAUGUGAACAGGCUCCUUCGCAGGGGCACGGGUGUGGUCAGCCCCAGGCAGGAGAGUCCAGAGAAAGACAGCUGUUGUCCAAGGUGGUUCUGGGAACCUGAGCCUCUUUCUCAGAAAGCCUGUAGGGUCCCUAGGUGGUUUCACCCAGUCCAAGGGGACCACAGGGCCAGCGACAGGGCCUCUUUCUGUCCCCAGCCUCUGCCUCAGGCCAGCGUGUUCCUGGAGCUGGGAGGCUCUCCUCCCCCUCCUCGCUGAGCUGCUAGGACUCUCUUCUGCAGUACUCUUAUUGGUGGCUUUGGGGACGCAGCCCUGGCAGGCCCCGGUACACAGAGCAAGCGACAGACUCCAGCACCCGGCCCCUCCUGACCCUCUGACAUUUCCGGCUCUCUCCAUCCUGGACACGUGGAGGCCUGGCAGCAACUGGCCCGCUCUGGGGACCGCCCUCCUCCCCAAGGCUUCCCUCCCCACUCGCUGCAACUGAUUUGGGGGGCUGAGAAGUCACAGAGGGUGUUCUUUUGUCUCCACUGUUUGGGGAUCAUGAGAGGAAUGUUGCAGCUGUCACAUUUGAUUAAAAAAAAAAAAAAAAUCCAAACAAAGCCUAGUGCAGUUUGCAAAAAGGAGCUGUUUUCCCAGGCAGGAAAACAGUGUCGGUUCCUUUGUUGUUGUUGUUGUUGGGUUGUUAACCUGCCCGACAACGGUUUCUUUGUUAGAGGCCCCUGGCCAGGCAGCUUGGAGACUGUCUAAAGAUUUCAAGGGCUUGGAGCAGUGGUCUCUGGGGACCCUGUUACCCUCUCAGAGGUGAGAAGCUAUGGGGUCAGCCACUGAUGGGGACCCUGAAAACUCUGGAAGGUGAGACUUGGGUGUCAGCCAUGAGGCAGGGGAGAGAUGGUGGAUGGGGGCUCUCUGUGCGAGCAGCACCCACCAGAGCACUGGGGCAGGGAGAGUCCCGAGGCAGCCGGCUUCCCGAAUCCCACCUCCCGCAGGCCACGCAUGGACCCGAAAGCCUCCAAGGAGGAGGUGAGCCACUCCUUGUUCCCUUUGGAAAUCAGCCUUCCUUGUGGGAUCGGGAUCCCUGGCUUCAUUCUCCUGGUCCAUUUCAAAAUUCAAAAGGAGCUUACAGAAGAUGAGCCACACCACACAGCGCCCCCACCCCCAAGGGUCAGAUUUCUGCCACCCUGGACACAUGCUGGACUCGUGUGGUUCUCUAGUCUGCAAUACAGGAGGGCACUGGUGAACCCUGACCUCUCCAUCAAGAAGGUCCAGAGUAGAUUGGAGCAGGAGCCACCAGAUGUGGGGCAUGAGAAGAGCCCCCUUGCACAACCAGCUUCACGGGGGGGUCUGGGCCACCAGGUCCCUGGCAGCAUUUCGAGGCGGAGUGGGUAUACCGGAAACUACCGUGAAGGGGUCCAGCUUUGAGCGUGCCAAGGUGGCUUUCCAGAGCACAGGCACACACUGCGGUCGGGUCCCAAAUGCUUCCUGAGGUCCAGGACAUGAACAGAGAUGAGUGAGACCUCUGAUGUGAGUCCCAGGCCGUGGUGAGGGCAGGGGUCUGUCAUGCGUGUGGCCCAUCCUGCUGUAAGAAAAGCUCCAUGAGGUGGGAUUUUCCGGUUUGGUCAGGGAAGCCAGAAAUCCAGAUUUUUCUGAGAAAAUCUGAUUUUUCAAUGUCGGCUGUUUUGUUUUGUUUUGUUUCUUAAACCGAGUGUGAGUCAAAAAAAUAAUUCCAUCCUUCCAACUGUGCACUAGCAGCCAUCUCUGCUCUCUGGGAAGUGGCUCCGUGAGGUGAACACUUGCCCACUGGAAGAGGGGGAAAGAGCUAGCACUGGAGAAAGGCAGUCGCUGGGGCUGAAUUCUGAAGGGCACGGGGACCUGUGGCUGCUGUGUCCCCUCCUAAACAGACUGUCCCACAGAGGAGGGCUGGCAGUUCAGCAAUCCUGCUCCCAAGACAGACUGUGCAGCAGGGAAUAAGGAUCACCAUUUGGAGCUCUGGACUGCUGCCCCUAGUAGACACGCAGAGGUCCUCGUCCCCCCUGGGUCCACACCUUACAGGAUUCCAUCAGACCAGGCAGAAACGGCAGGGACCCAGGGGAAGAGGGUGCUGCGUGAAACAGCCAGUCUCUCUCCACAUCCCAAGUCUUGGCCACCAUCUUGCCACCUCUGGAAGCUCCUUCAGAAACCGCACUGAGCUGUGCUUGCUCACGGGGUGUCCCCUAGCUUCUGCCUCAGUUACCUUACUUUGCCCAUGGGUCAACCACAGGCGCUACCUCAUUGUGUCUGCUCAGAAGUUUACCUGGGGGUGGGGGGAAGGAAGGUGUCCAAACCUGCUGGAGCUGAAUGUACGAUCUAUGCAAAUUAUUUCUCUCUCUCUCUCUGUGUCUCUCUCUGUCUCUCUUUCUCUCUCUCUCUCUUUCACUAACUUAGAAGUAUUAUUUUUUUUACCUUGCAAACAAGAUACUGUAUAGGACCCUCUUAGACCCGAGGAGGGCCUUCAUGCACCACCUGUGACGACCCCUCCCGUUGUCUCUGGUUCUGUUCUUGCCAAGUCCCCCGCAGGGAGAAAGGGGCCUCUUCUCUCCCCACUUGGCUGGGAAUACUCCAACUGCCUCUGCCUAGGACACCACCAGGAAGCGGUCCUGCCCCUUGCCACCUGCCCCAGAUGCCAUUUGGUCCUUUCUGCAUCCUCCUCCGACUUGCUCCUCCUGACCCCACAUCCUUGCAUCCAACCUCAUCCCCCACCCCCAAAAGCCUUAGGUUUCUCCUUUUUGAAAUGUGGCCUUAAAAUUCUUUUUGGAAAGCUCACCAUCCUCUCCCCAGAGUUUCUACCACCCUCACAGGAGUAGGCGCCUCGCCAAGCUCUCCGGGCGGCCUCCCUGGGCGAGGCUGUCCAUUUGCAGUCUGCAGGUGCAACAGAAAUUGCUCACGCCUGUCAUCUUUAAGGGGAAAAAUAAAAUGUUCUCAUGUUUUUCCUAUGGGCACAAUGAAGGCUCGGGUGCUGGUCUAAGCCUCAGCUGAUUCCUGAAGCCCUCCCGGGUCCCACUGUUCCUGUAGGGGACUGGCUUGAUGACCGACAGGGGGCUCCUUGCAUUUCCCCAACCCAGGACUGGGUGACUUUACGGACUUCGUUCAAGGGUCCAUCAGGAGAGUUUCUCAAGUGAUCUCUUCAUCCUUCCUGCCUGGAAAGUGGUAGUAUUAAUUAGUCCCAGCGGAUGGGUCGCGUUCGCCAAGGGAUCCUCCUCUCCCCACCUUCAGCCUCCAUUCCCGACUCCCUCCGUCACGAGCGCUGACGGAGGCCAAAGACAAUCCCAGGGUUUUCAUAGGAAAUUCACUGGAAUUGAGUUCCAUUGUCUUUGUACUCUUUCUUGUCUCUUUUUCUUUUUUAAAAUAUUCAGUUGUCAAUAGCAUUGAUUUGGGUAUUUGUUUUAGAGGCCUCGCGAUAAGUUAUUACUGUCUCCCUCAUUGUUUUCAAAGACAUGUGUGGUGAUAUAGUUUUUAAAAAUAACUAUUUUGUUACAGAUCAUAAUAUGCAUAAAACUGUACAGAAAAGAUAUUUUGUAAUGUAUUGAUUUAAAAAAAAAUAAAGAGAGAGAAUCUGUAAAUAAAGUUUUAAAAAAGAGAAUCCACUUGGCACAGGCUGAAAGAUGUAGAUAUUUUGCUAUUUAUUUAAAGGAGUAUUUUAAGAGAGAUUGAACUAUCUGAAAUUUGACCAAUAAUCAAAGUUCUAACCAUCCGAAUGCGUUUCCUCAAGGUAGAAUGUGAUUCUCAGAACCAAUUGCAUUACCUGCUCAUUUUUUUGCACCUUUUCUGUCUUUUUGUUUAGCAGAAAAACAACAAAAUUGUGCCUUAGCUAUAUUUUUCCUUUUGUCUAGGGGAGUUUGUUUCUGUCUGACAAAGCAAAAUCUUUUGCAGAAAAGAGUGGAUGUAUUAAAUACUGUAUCAUACCAAAAACACUGCAGGUGUAUAUAGACGCUUUCUGUCAUACUGUGUUUUCAGAUGCAGAAUUUUAAAAUAAAAAAAAAAAUGCUGUCUUUAUUGAA